AUCAGUUUGAAGUCAAAUCUGACAGCCGCUGCCUUGCCCGGUCCUUUUCCUUCUUUUUUUCUCCCUCCCGUCUCUUUUCCCCCCCCUUCUCUGGUGGUCAUCCCGUCUCGUUUCAGAGUUGAGUCGGGACUGUGGGAGCGCGCGUCUCGUCGCUGUCUUCAACUUGGGGUGAAGAAAGACCGGGGAAACUCCUCGGGAUUCUCCGUACACCGAGCUCUGAUCCGGAUAUUCUGUUUGACGUGCUGAAGUGCUUCUUAAGGAGAAUUCUGGGGAGAUUUCUUGUUCUUUCAUUCCUCAAGGAUGAAGCAGCACAGUGGACCUGUGUACUGAAACACCUCCCACUUUUAAACUUCAUGUUCCAGGAUGAACCAUGAGCAAAGGGUCAACUAUACAGUCCAAUGAGAUGGGAAAUCAUGAGCUUCGGCUUCUGUCUACCAUAACAUACGAGGAAAGACAGCCUUGGCAUUUUGCCCGUCACGCAGGUCCUGACACCGCCGCCUCUAAAACACAGGUUGUGAGGGCCUGUUUCUAUCGUCCUGUCGUACAGUGAGGCAGUGAGCUCACGGUGGAUACAGCAUGCAUGUGUCGACAUAUCCCAUGAUGCACUCCGCCAGUCCGGGCCUGCUCCUCCUCAGCUUCCUCUUCCUCGCCGAUGCCGACUCACCCCCGAGAUUUACGAGAACCCCAGAAGACCAAACAGGAGUCCAGGGGGGAGUGGCCUCCUUUGUGUGCCAGGCCACCGGGGAUCCACAGCCCAAGAUAGUCUGGAACAAGAAAGGCAAAAAAGUCAGCAACCAGAGAUUUGAGGUAAUAGAAUUUGACGAUGGGUCCGGCUCGGUCCUGAGGAUCCAGCCGCUGAGGACCCCAAGAGAUGAGGCUAUUUACGAAUGUCACGCCUCCAACUCUGCAGGAGAGCUCACUGCCUCCACCAGAUUAAGUGUGCUACGAGAGGACCAGCUGCCCUCAGGGUUCCCCACCAUAGACAUGGGCCCCCAGCUGAAAGUGGUGGAGCGAUCUCGGACCGCCACCAUGCUCUGCGCUGCUAGCGGCAACCCUGACCCAGAAAUUACCUGGUUCAAGGAUUUCCUGCCGGUCAACACGUCCAAUAACAACGGACGAAUCAAGCAGCUUCGCUCAGAGUCCUUUGGUGGCACGCCCAUACGAGGUGCCCUCCAGAUAGAAAUGAGUGAGGAGUCAGACCAGGGGAAGUAUGAGUGUGUUGCCACCAACAGCGAUGGGACACGCUAUUCCACCCCAGCUAACCUCUAUGUCAGAGAGCUGCGAGAAGUGCGUCGUGUCCCGCCUCGCUUCUCCAUCCCCCCAGCUGACAGCGAAAUCAUGCCAGGGGGGAACGUUAACAUCACCUGCGUGGCAGUGGGCUCCCCGAUGCCAUACGUGAAGUGGAUGCUGGGAGCGGAAGACCUGACGCCUGAGGACGACAUGCCCAUCGGUCGCAACGUCCUGGAACUGACUGACGUGCGCCAGUCCAACAAUUACACAUGUGUCGCCAUGUCGACACUUGGAGUGAUUGAGGCGGUGGCCCAGAUCAUUGUGAAAGCUCUGCCAAAGGCUCCUGGGGUCCCUGUGGUGACGGAGAGAACUGCAACAAGCAUCACUCUCACCUGGGACUCUGGCAACCCCGAGCCUGUCUCCUACUACAUUAUACAGCACCGUGCCAAAGGAUCCGAUGACCCCUAUAAAGAGAUCGAUGGUAUCGCCACAACGCGCUACAGCGUAGGCGGCCUCAGCCCGUACUCCCACUAUGACUUUUGCGUGGCCGCUGUAAACACCAUCGGCCAGGGCCCCUCCAGCGAUGUGGUGGAGGCUCGCACAGCUGAGCAGGCCCCCUCGUCGCCUCCUCGACAGGUCAGAGGUCGUAUGCUGAGCACCACAACAGCAAUCAUCCACUGGGAUGAACCAGAGGAACCAAACGGACAGGUGGUGGGCUACAGAGUGUACUACACAUCAGACAACAUGCUGCCAGUCAACCAGUGGGAGAAGCAGAUGGUGCGCAGCGCCAACUUCAUCACCAUCCAGGGUUUGACUCCUAACAAGACUUAUUACAUCAGAGUGCUGGCCUUCACUUCUGUAGGAGACGGGCCCCUGUCCCAGGACCUGCAGAUUAUAGCCAAGACUGGAGUUCCAUCCCAGCCUUCAGAAUUUAAGGGGGAGGCCAAGUCUGAGACCAGUAUCCUGUUGUCCUGGGUGGCCCCACCCCAGGGUGGUCCUGACAACCAGAUCACAGGAUAUGAACUGGUGUACCGACGAGCUGACGACACAGAGGAGAAGAAAGUGAGCUUCGAGCCCACCACCUCCUACCUGUUGAAAAACCUGAAGCCUUUCUCCACCUACACCUUUCAACUGGCUGCCAAGAGCAAGCACGGAAUCGGGGCAUAUACCAACGAAGUGUCCAUCGACACGCCACAGACGCUUCCUUCAGCACCUCCCCAGGACAUCACAUGUACCAGUCCCAGUUCUACCAGCAUCCUGGUAAGUUGGGCUCCACCUCCUCUGGAGUUUCAGAAUGGCGUCAUUACGGGAUACUCCAUCCAGUACUCUACUACCGAGGGCAACAAGAUCUCUAAAAGAAUUGAUGGAAUUCCUCCGCAAAGUUCCCCGUAUCUCCUGGAAAACCUGGAGAAAUGGACUGAGUAUGGCAUAACGAUACGGGCGCAGACGGAAGCUGGCGAUGGACCAGAAAGUUUACAGCUGCUUUUCCGCACCGAGGAAGAUGUUCCAAGCGGUCCUCCGCGAGGGGUGGAGGCAGAGACUGUGAACGCCUCGGCCAUUAGGGUGAAAUGGCGAGCACCAGCGCCCGAGCGGCAGCACGGUCAGAUCCGGGGCUACCAAGUGCACUAUGUGAGGAUGAACUACGGAGAACCUCAGGGGCAGCCCUUCAUCAAGGACAUCCUCAUAGAGGACUCUCAGUGGGAAUAUGAUGACUCAACUGAAUACGAGGUGGUUCUUGGAGACCUGAAGGCAGACACUUCCUACUCUGUAUCAGUGGGGGCUUACACUGCCAAGGGGGAUGGUGCUCGCAGCAAACCAGUUUCUGUCUGUACCGCCCUGCCACUGCCUGAGAAGCCCAAACUGAUGGUGAGUGCCACUGAUUCAGGUACAGCUCUGCUUCAGUGGGUCCCUGCACCCAACCCACCCACCCCACUCCUGGGCUACCGCCUCACCUUCGGCCGCAGCGACGUCCUCCCCUUGACAGUGGUUGAGUUCCCCACCAAAGAAAACCGCUACACCGCCCAGGACAUCCACAAGGGAGCUAACUAUGUGUUCAGACUCUCUGCCCGUAACAAAAUGGGCUACGGAGAGGAGGCUGUAAAGGAGGUGACCACUCCAGAAGAUGCCCCAAGUGGAUACCCAGAGAAUGUUAUCUCAGAGGAGGCUUCUGCCAACUCCAUCCGGCUGAUGUGGAAAUCAGUCCCUCUAAUUGAGCAAAAUGGGAAGAUUAUGAAGUACUCGGUGCUGUACAAGGAUAUAAACAGUCGAGGGAACGCCUCAGAAGUUGUGGUGCCCGCUCCGGAAUCAAGUGUUUUGUUGGAGGGUCUGAGUGCAGACACUGUGUAUGAUGUCAGGUUGUGCGCAUUCACAGCUGUCGGCCCCGGGCCGUACAGCCCAAGUGUCCAGUUUAGGACGCAGCGGCUAGACCAAGUUUUUGCCACCAACUUCAGAGUAAAGGCUGCCAUGAAGAACUCCGUCCUGCUGUCCUGGGAAAUCCGAGACAAGAAUCCCGCCCAGCCGUUUACCAUCCUGUACGGAAAGGGACAGUCUGUAGAAGUGGAUGGAAAGCAGACUCAGAAGCUUAUCACUGGCUUAGAGCCAGACACCCAGUACUCCUUUCUGCUCACCAACCGGGCCAACAGCGCCGGGGGUCUGCAGCACCGUGUCACAGCCACCACCGCCCCAGACAUCCUGAAAACCAAACCCAUGGUGGUUGGAAAGACCAACGCAGAUGGCAUGGUGACUGUGCAGCUACCAACUGUGCAGACGACAGCCAAAGUCAGGGGUUACUAUGUGGUGGUGGUGCCACUGAAGAAGCAGAGAGGGGGGAAGUUCCUGAAUCCGUGGGAGGAGCCCGACCAGAUGAACCUGGAUGAGCUCCUGAAAGAGAUCAACAGGACCAGUGUGAGUCGUGCCCUCCGCAUACGCAGGCAGGCCGGCCAAUCAGAUCCAAGGGCCUAUGUCACCGCUCACUUUAAGUUCCUCCCGCUGGAGUUCACGCUGGGUGACGGGAGAAACUACGGAGACUUCCGCAACCGUCCGCUGCAGAACGGACAGGAGUAUGUUUUCUUUGUGCUGGCACUGCUGGACCUCUCUGAGAAUACUAUGUACGCCACCAGCCCUUACUCUGAUCCUGUGACGUCAUCGGACGUGGAUCCUCAGCCAAUCGUAGAUGAAGAAGAGGGUCUGCUCUGGGUGGUGGGGCCUGUGCUGGCUGUCAUCUUCAUCGUGUGCAUCGUCAUCGCCAUUCUCCUCUUUAAAAGCAAACCUGACAGGAAAAGGGCUGAGGCUGAAGCCAGUUUCCCCUGUAGCAAAGCCAUGUCGUCCCAUCAUCCCACCGAUCCAGUGGAGCUACGCAGAAUCAACUUCCAGACUCCAGGCAUGGCAAGUCACCCGCCCGUCCCCAUCUCCGAGCUGGCAGAUCACAUUGAGCGCCUCAAGGCAAACGACAAUCUCAAGUUCUCUCAAGAGUACGAGUCCAUCGACCCCGGUCAGCAGUUCACAUGGGAGAACUCCAACCUGGAGGUCAACAAACCAAAGAACCGCUACGCUAACGUCAUUGCCUAUGAUCACUCCAGGGUCAUACUCUCCAGCAUUGAGGGUGUCCCAGGCAGUGACUACAUCAAUGCUAACUAUGUAGAUGGCUACCGCCGUCAGAAUGCCUACAUCGCCACUCAGGGUUCCCUCCCUGAGACUUUUGGGGAGUUCUGGAGGAUGGUCUGGGAGCAGCACACAGCCAACAUUAUCAUGAUGACCAAGCUGGAAGAGAAGUCAAGGAUGCCCUCUUAUUUCUUCUCUAAGGUGAAGUGCGAUCAGUACUGGCCAACGCGGGGCACGGAGACCUACGGCCUCAUCCAGGUCACUCUGCUAGACACAGUGGAGCUGGCCACCUACUCUGUCAGGACAUUCGCUCUGUACAAGAGUGGCUCCAAUGAGAAGCGUGAGGUUCGUCACUUCCAGUUCACGGCCUGGCCGGACCACGGCGUGCCCGAACACCCCACCCCCUUCCUGGCUUUCCUACGCAGGGUCAAGGCCUGCAAUCCUCCCGAUGCAGGACCCAUGGUCGUCCAUUGCAGUGCUGGGGUGGGUCGCACUGGCUGCUUCAUCGUGAUCGACGCCAUGGCGGAGAGAAUCAAGCACGAGAAGACCCUCGACAUCUACGGCCAUGUGACGCUGAUGCGCUCACAGAGGAACUACAUGGUCCAGACGGAGGACCAGUACAUCUUCAUUCACGACGCGCUGCUGGAGGCCGUGACCUGCGGGAACACAGAGGUCCCCGCGAGGAACCUGUACUCCUACAUCCAGAGGCUGACGCAGAUUGAACCAGGAGAGAAUGUCACCGGCAUGGAGCUGGAGUUCAAGCGUCUGGCCAGUGCCAAGGCCCACACAUCGCGGUUCGUGAGUGCCAACCUGCCAUGCAACAAGUUCAAGAACCGGCUGGUGAACAUCAUGCCCUACGAGACCACACGUGUGUGUCUGCAGCCAAUCAGAGGGGUGGAGGGUUCCGACUAUAUCAAUGCCAGCUUCAUAGACGGAUACAGGCAGCAGAAGGCCUACAUAGCAACCCAGGGCCCACUGGCUGAGACCACAGAGGACUACUGGAGGAUGCUGUGGGAACACAACUCCACCAUAGUUGUCAUGCUAACCAAACUGAGAGAAAUGGGACGGGAGAAGUGUCACCAGUACUGGCCUGCAGAGCGCUCAGCCAGGUACCAGUACUUUGUGGUGGAUCCCAUGGCCGAGUACAACAUGCCCCAGUACAUCCUCCGAGAGUUCAAAGUCACAGAUGCCAGGGAUGGCCAAUCGCGGACAGUUCGUCAGUUCCAGUUCACCGAUUGGCCGGAGCAAGGAGUGCCAAAGUCAGGGGAAGGAUUCAUUGAUUUCAUUGGCCAGGUGCACAAAACUAAAGAACAGUUUGGCCAGGACGGGCCAAUUACUGUGCACUGCAGUGCCGGAGUAGGAAGGACUGGCGUGUUCAUCACCCUCAGCAUCGUGCUGGAGAGGAUGAGGUACGAGGGCGUGGUAGACAUCUUCCAGACUGUCAAGAUGCUGCGCACCCAGAGACCCGCCACGGUUCAGACAGAGGACCAGUACCAGUUCUGCUACCGAGCCAGUCUGGAGUACCUGGGAAGCUUUGAUCACUAUGCAACAUAAACCCAGUGGCCCGUCUCUCAUGCCACAUCCCACCUAGUGCACUCUUCUCAGGUCACAUGUGGCCUGAAUUAAUGCACCAGGCUGCGAUGUGUCUUCUGAAGAUUUUUUGCCGCCACAUGCAGAGUGAAGAGGGGACCAUCGGCUUAUCCCGUACCCAGAAACAGCACCUCUAACUGAGCCAUAGCAACCUGCUUGACAAGGGUGUUUCCUUCCACCCUCAGCCCAAACACAACCCCAUUGGUCAGUCUGAAGAAGCAACUUCAGCCGCUGUUCCAAUCAGAAUACUUGAUCAGAUAUUGAUUUUUUUUUUUUUUUUUUUUCUAUUCGUUUCAGUGCUUUUGUGAGCACCCAGAUUGCUUUACAUUGUUUGGGUGUGGAACUCUCACCUCGUCCACCACCAGUGUAGCAUCACCAACCUAAAUACAGGACCCGGCUACAGUAUUUAGCUGUCACAGGAAAUAUUUUGAUUUUUUUUUUUUUUUUUUUUUUUAUAUCUAGAGGACUGUCUAGAAGGAGUCUACAAAUCCCUCUUGUGGAUUUGCCUCUUGGACUGAAAGAACUGGGACUUUUGAGCACCAGAGAAUUGCCAAUGGGAGACUGAAAACACAGAGCACACAGUAUUAAAAAGACAAAGAACACACACAUCCCAAAAAAAGAAAAAGGCACCAAGAAGUGUUUUUUUUUCUUUAGUUUUUCUUUUUUUUCUGUUUUUUUGUUGCGGAAACAGACUCUCGUUUCCUGUGAAUGAAAAAGAAGAUGUUUCUACCAUACAGUAAUAAAAAAAAAAACACCAGUUCAACCUUAUGCUUCACGGUUUAAGAUAAGGGAAAAUUUGAAAGAGGUUUAAAAAUGCAUACCACAAAAUAAAACAUUCAUUUAGUUUUUUAAUAGAAUAUAGAUAUGUGACUAUCUUGUUUUUUAAAAACUGGGUAUUUCUCGUGGCACGUUUCUGUUUGUUGUUUUUACAGAUUUACAACUUUGUCCCCACUGACCAUACGAAGGCAAAGUUGUAUUUUAUUUCUUUUUUCUUUUUUUUUUCGUUUCUGUGUAAUCCAAUGAGCUGUAGCGAUUUCUUGUUUUAAAAAGUAAUACGGUACUGUUUAAAAAGUGUACAAUCAAAUCUAGUGUGGAAAAAAAAAAUGUUCACAAUUCUAUGAAAAACACCACCAUUGAGUGUCACUCUCCUGUAUUCUCCACCCACACACACACGUUUCGCAUGCGCACGGGGCUCUCAUGCGGUGUCGAAAGAGGGCGGCCAUUUUUGAAUUCACCGGGGGGCCCCGCGUAGAGGCACAGUGCUCAGCCUGCUGCUACCCGGAAGAAUGAUCUUGCCAAGUUGUUCUGUGUGCAGGUCGAGAGAGAGAAAGCCAGAUAAGAAGAGAGAACAGAAGAGAAAAGAGAGUACGCACAGAAAGCGAGAUAAAAAAACAUAAUAAUAAUAAUAAUAAUAAAGUAACUAUUUAUGUGUCCAAAUAAGCUUCACAAAGAUUUUCUCAAGCAGGGAGCGAGAAAGAGAUGUAGGAAAAUGGGAUGGGAUGGAAUCGGGCGGGAAGAGGAGGUGGGGAGGGUUGGGGGAAGGAACAAUUUUCUCACUGGAAUGCUCACCUAUGACUUUUCUCUCUGUCUGAUUCAGUGUGCAAUAAGUAGAUGUAUUAUAUAUUUUUGUGUCGAGUCACUAACUGCAGUUAUAUGCCAUUACAAUGAUGAUGAUAUUGGUGACGGUGCAUCAUUUUCCAGACACAAGGAUGUUAUAAACGCUCAAUACGGUUUUUACUCGCCACCCGUUUUAAUGUGUCCAAGCAGAGGGAAGACGACCCCUCUGACCUUUUUAAGAUCUUUCAUCACGUCACAACUUCAGUAAGACGAUGUCAUCCCUCUGUGUGUGUGUGUGUGUGUCACGGCAACCGACGAAUGAUCGAACUCAUACUUCAGAACAGCAUCUAAUAAGUAUUUUGAUUUUAGAUUUCUAGUGCCUUAUAUUACACGCCUAUUUUGAUAAAGUUACUUUAAAGGGUUUUUUGUGUAUUUUACGUAUGUAUGCUUGUACGUGUGUACUGAAUGUCUGUGUAUAUAAUUUUGUUACGUUACAGUGCGUGGGAGUAUCUCGUAGGUUCUGUUUUUUGGCUGUGAAAUUUUUGUACGGAAGGCUCUGUGUAAGGUUGUACCCAUCACUCUUCAACCCAGCAACAGCAUCAUCAUAUCUCUUUUAAUUGGAAGAAG